AUGAGUUACCCCCUGAUACGUUGUCAGGUAAAACAAUGCUGACAAAGCAAUGAAAUGGACUUGGACGGUUGUUUUCAUUAUUUUUUGGUGCGAGCUCUUACCCGCCAUGGGAGUUGCUAUUAGUGCUUUGUCUCCCCUGUUGGUUUUGUGGCCCUCAUCAACAUGCUGUCGGGCUCAUGGGGAUUAAUAGACUUUGCAUUGAGCCGACCACUGCACCUUUCCAUCAAUGACCUGUAAUACUAAUAACUGCAUUAUACUGCAUUAGCACUAUGUACACCUCUGAACAACACUGUAUGUACUCGAUUCCUUCCUCUGCAUAUAUAGAUACAGGUAACUGCCAAAAUAAUGGAAAUGGUUGAGUAAAUGAGGGAUACAAAGUGUAUUGAAAGCAAGUACUUCCACAUGUGUGGUUCCUGAGUUAAUUAAGCAAUUAACAACCCUAAUCAACCAUAAUGCUUAGGGUCAUAUAUAAAAAGAAAUGUGUUUUAUGUUUACUGUGUUUAUAUUGUGUAUAUUCUGUGUGUUGACCUUGUGUCUGUAUUCUGUUUCUAGAUUGUCUAUUGCUGACAGCACCUUCUCACUAAGUCAAAUUCCGGGGAUGUGUAAAUGUACUUCAAUCAAAUGUAUUUAUAAAGCCCUUUUUACAUCCGCAGAUUUCACAAAGUGCUAUACUUGGUCAUUAAAGUGAUUCUGAUUCUGAUUUUGGUGCCAUUGGAGCAGUUUGGUAAAUUGAGUGUCUAGCUACUUGGAACUGUGAAUUAAAUGUUCUCUCUCGCCGUUCUUGGACGGUAGAUUGGAGAACGGAGUGUGUAUAUGUGUCUCUGGUAUGAGUAACUUGUGCGUGUGUGUGCAGUUUCUUUGACUGCAGACAAAUUUUUCUGAGCAGUCAGACAUUUCCCCCCCAAACACAUACAUUAUUUGAAUGGGACAGGAUCCAGUGCAAUGCGUAGUGUGUUGGGGGCAGUGGCAUACAUGAGUAUAGAAGAGUAACUGUGUGAAAACGGUCUCCAGUGACCAAACAUCUGAGGAUGACCUUCACGUCUCCUGAUACAACGGCUGUGUCCCAAAUGGCACCGUAGUCCCUAUUUAGUGCACAACUUUUGACCAGCGCCCAUAGGUUUUUGGUCAAAAAUAGCACACUAUAUAGGGAAUAGGGUGUCAUUUGGGAUGCAUCAGUGGUGCCUGGAGAAGGGGGUAUACUCAAAUUUUGCCAAAGAAGUCCCAAACGGCCCACCCAGCAUAGGAAAGGUGCCCUGUGUGAAAAAUUCUAUGAGAAACAGUGACAUACACUCUGAAGGACUUAAAAUGAUAAAUCCCAUAUUGGUCUUUCACAGUCAGACCAACCCAAGCUGUACUGUGCAGGUAGGAUAAUAGUAGCCCUACUAUAGAAACAGAUAAAUGAGGCUGUCAAGUGAGUCAGAAAUUCACAGGUUUCUGAAGUGUUUAUUUUUUAUCAGGUUUUCUCUCUCAAUGUCACACUUUUAAUAGAACAUCCAAUUUAGUUGUUUUUCUAAGUCCAUAACAAUUCUUAAACCACAUCAGCAGACCAUUUUUGAGGUCUGGGAAAAAUCUAAGAAAUUCAUUUGAGUGUAGUUACACUUUAAUUCAAGUGUGCAGGCACCUAGCACUGUUGUUUGGUUAGCUGUUUCUGUCACAUGAGAUGGAGUUUGCAAAAUAAAUGACCACUGGAUUGAUGCAAGUAAUCAUGAUAUCAUUCUGCCUGGUAGGCAUAGGCUACUUUGUAGCUAGUUAACAUUUAAUUGAGGUUUUUGGGAAAGCAUUUCCAUCUACCAGAAGACGGUUAGGUCAUUAGCAUUGCUAUAUUUUUGUUGUUUGAAACCUGGAUGUUUUACUUCAUAUUAUGAGGCAUGUCUUACCUUGCUUCAAAGUAGCCUAUAGCCAAAAUCCCCCCAUAGAAACGUAGGCCUACUGCCGUGUGCACAUUGCUGCGCCUAAAAUGUGAAGAAAUAAUCAUCAACAUUUUAAGCUAAACAUUCUGAUCUGUUCCAUCAGCCUUAUUCAUUGAAUCAGCGUAUACUUCCACUACACUACUUUGAUACAUAUCAGUGGGGUUAAGAAGUGAGUAUACGCAAUGCCCACUGAAAAAUAAGUGGGUAUGAGACAUAUACCUGCGUAUACCCUCCACUACACCACUGGGAUGCAGUCCACCAUUUUUUAAGUACAGCCGAAUGGUGAACAGCCCGUCGAAAGUCAACAAAUCUCAAGAUCUUCGAUUUCCGCCCAGGUCCUGGGUCAAUUAAGAAACGCAAGUUGCCCGUUUUAACCUUGUGGAUGACUUCUACCUAUAUCGUAGUAUAGGGGGUUGAAUUGGCCUUUUUGCACCACAGUGUUUUGAGAAGCUACAUAGAGAGAAGCUACAUAGAGUAUCUAUGCUGCUGUGGUUGUCAGCUCGCUAACGGACAGGUUUACUCCUGGGAGGCUGGGAGAUAGGGCAGAGGUAAUGUCUCAUUGCCCCAGGCUUCUGUCUGUGUGGGUGUCUCUGUAGCCCGAUGGGGAUGUUCUAUCAGAUCUGCUGUAGAGACCCCUGGCCGACCUGUGUGUCUCAGCCAUUCUAGCACAAUGGGCUGUGAUGGGACCGGGUGUUGGGCUACAGCUUCUAUUUGCUCAGUCAGGAAAUACAGUAUAGGUGUGUGUGUGAUACAUUUCUGGUGUUUUUCUGUAUUUAGCUUGCAUUCCACAUACACUGCUUUUGUCACAGGCUCAAAUUCUACCACUGAAAACCUAAUUGUCAUGCUAGGGAGUUUUCUGAUGAUUCACUGGACUUGAGGCAUAAACCUUGGCUGACAUUGAGGUACAGGCGAAACCCGAGAGCUGUAGCUAGCUUCAGGUUUUACAAUGGGAUUUAGGGCCACUGGCUUGGGCGUUAGCAAGACACUUGGCUUACUGGUCGCUUUCACUAAUGAUGUGACUGUGCCGCUGUGAGACUGUGAGUCACUAGUUUUGGGCACUGUUCUUAAUUCUCAGUGACUCAGCAGGGCCGCCACUAGACCACUCCGCCCUUCGGGCAAGGGCAUGUCCAAGGACACUACUACUUCAGCAUUACUAAUGCAUGUUGUUUAACUUGCUCUGAAAAUACUGCAUUCAUACUGUUCAACUACAGGCAAGGAUAUGUCGGACCUUGCAACUCUAUUAAUCAUGUAAGGCCUACUAUACUUAAUAUAGUAAGGGUUAUUUGAUAUUGUACACAUUUGCAGCUAAAAGCUGAAUUGCAGUAUAAAAAAUUAAUAAAAAUAGAUUUAGCUGGGUUGAAAAUGAAGUCUCUAGUCCGCCUCAAAGAGACUGAUUCUGCUGGCAACACGGAUCUGCAUUAUGUUUGAUGGUGUAUGGUCAUUCAGUUGGUCUGGGAGAGGUUAGUUUGGGUACCAGCCUGAGUCGUGUCCACUUGCAUGUAGUAGUAGGCCUAGUAUGUCCCUCACUCCAUGAGGUUAACAGCAUCCAUACCCUUAAACAAGGAGUUGUUUGUGACUUGUUUGAUGUCAACUGAUCAAGCCAGUCAGGAGGCCAUUCUCUAUCCAGUUUGAAUGGGAUUGUUUGUUUAGACGUCUGUUCUGACGUAAGAGCCGUCGCUCUCUGUUUGUCUCUUUAUCUACCGUGCUGAAUCAAUUUUCCACCUCGUAUUCCCUCACCAAAUAGUUGUUUUUAACAUUACAGUGUUGUGUGAUAUCUUUCUCUGAAUGCUGCCUCUGUAUUGGGGCCGGUUGACGACUCAAUGUUCGCCUAAGAUAAGGUCAGUUAGCGUGUGUUCACACCUCAAGGCGAUGACAGCUGGCUCUUCAAAAAAUAAGUCUGAAUAUCACUCAGUUAGUUCGGUGACUCCGCCAGUAGCUGAGGGCAUGUUCGUUCACUGAGAGGUCGCUGUUGGGUUGGCCUUUUCCACGUAAAACCAAACCACUCAUUUCCUCAUUCCGUUACAAAACUCUUCCAUUUGUCUCUUUCAUGCCCCUCGGAAUGUUUGUGGGUUUUAUAUUAUGACACACUCAUGCACACACACUGUGGGUUUGAUAUGAUGAAGCCUUUGGCAGUGAGGCACUCUGGUACUGAACAGAGAAUGGAUGGAGGAGAAUGUGGUGUUUUCUCAUGGGUCACAGUGGGUUACGCUAGAGGAACAGAAGAACAUUUCGUACCCUGUGUGGGGGAAUCAUUCUCCCUGAUUCACCCCAUUAGUGAUAGAUGAGGCUCACAGGUAACUGGAGCGGAUGAGAGACAAUUCAACUGACAUUAAAAGUUACAGUAACCCUUUAUUAUACACAGUCCUAUUCCAGCUAGCAUUCAACUCAAUUGUUAUUUUCUGUACUGUACCGUAACAUUUUACCAUGUGAAGAGUGGACUAUUAAAUAAAGAGUAACUUUGGUUGCUGUGUGAAAUGUGAUUGGUCACUCAAUGUGAAUUGUGAUUGGUCACUCAAUGUGAAUGGAUCUCUUGUUUUCUGCAGGAGCUGGAGCGGGUGACGUCAUUACAAACCAAUCUACAGCUGGCUGCAGUGAUCUGCACCAACGCUAGGAGGUAAGUACUCAGAUGUGGCCCACCCUCCCUCUCAAAGCUUGUUCUCUUCCAUUGGGGAUGCUUGGGGUUGAAUAUUCCUCUCAGCAUUGAGCCUGCUAAUCAAUAUCAUUCCCACUGUGUACAUGUACAACAAGUUUACCUGUACUUCAAUUCAGUCAGAGUUGGGAAGCAUUUUGAGACCACUCUAACAGAACUGUGCCAGGAUGGUAAAUGUCUCAUGAUGUCACUUCCUGGUUCCAGGCAGCUGAGUAUUUCAAAGGAGGACUUCACAGAGGCCAGCCUGGGGCUCCUAGCCAAUCAGAGGAGGAGACAGCUGCUCACAGGGCUGCUGAAGUCACUGAGGACCAUCAAGACCCUGGUAACUGUCCAAGUCACCAUGUUGCUUUAA